CACCGCACGCACUGCAGCGAUAGCUUUUCUCAAGCUCGCCUCAAGUUCUAAUUUAGUGCUAGUCGAAUUACCAUCGCCUGCUCCGCAGCAGCAACCGUGAAGUGUACCAACCAACCAACCAGCUACCCCUACUUCUUGGCGGACGUGAGACUGUGAGAAUUGUGUAAGUGCGCACUAAAACGGAAACGGAAGUGCCACUACCUGCUACUAGAAGAACACUUACUACCUAACUACUAUUCAAUUGCGCCACGUGGCAUCUGGUGAAAGUGCAACAAUUUCCGACCGCAUUGCGACUGCAAUUUCCGAGGAGUACACGCAGUACACCAAGAUUGGAAUUGAGGUUUACCCCGCGGGGAAAAGGGAAAGGGUGACAUUAGGAGGUGCUGUUCCGGGCCGGCCCAGAAAGUGACAUGUGCCUUUGCCCACCAUUUUGAGUGGAGUGUACCGUUUGUUUGGUGGAGCCGAUUUUUAGUAGCCACCGUGCCACCGUGCUGUGCGUGUGCGUGCGUGCGUGUGUGUGUGUGCGUUGGCCUAGAUGCCAAUAGUGUUACCAGCGUGGUGUGCCUUUCGGUGUGCGCGAUCGUGUGUGUGAAUCUCCUGUGCGUGUGUGCGUGGUUUAAGGUACCAGGCACCAGGCACCAGGCGAGCGAGCGACCAGCGAUUCUAGUGUUUGCCCCCCCAGAAGUGGUCCUCUAGUGUGGUGUGCGGUCGACUUCAAGAGUCGACUGACGCGAUAGGCUUGAUGUACCGCAAGAGUGGUGCAUCAUCGCGCCCGCUACGACGUUGCGCACUGUGCAGUGACAGGAGACGAGUGAUGACGAGUGCAGCAGCAACAGCAGCAGCAGCAGCAACAGACGGGGCCAGCAGUAGCAGUAGCAGUAGCAGUGGUCAGCUACAACCGAUGCAGAUACCGCUGAUGAUGAUGAUGGCCACGGCCGAGGGCAGAAUGCAAUCAACAGUCGUGCGAAUCGGCCGUGCGCCAUCAUCAGCAGUAGUGGUGGAGCUGCCAGCGAAAGUAACCGCCGCGGAACCGCUAGUGUCGAGCGCGCUAGAUGCAACCAACACCAUCGUUACCAACGGUAGCAACAGUCCAGUAGACACCAGUAGCCUCACCAACCGAGCUACCGAGUGUCCACAGCUUACAGUGCGUGUUCGCGAGUGGCCACGGUCCGGCACGGAGAUGCAACAGCCCGGAACGCACCGAUUACGGUACGGUGCCAACAUCAGCAGCACCAGCAACAUUCCCAGUGACCGCCUGGCGGCUUCCGGUAGUAAACGGUGGCGGGUGCGGCUGCAGCAGCAGCAGCGGACGGUGUUACUGUUGGCCUUGCUGGCGCUGCUGCACCUUCUGCCGGCCGUCCAGUCGUGUGGUCCGGGCCGUGGUAUCGGUGGACCGCGCCGUACCCGGAAGCUGCUGCCCCUAGUCUUCAAGCAGCACGUCCCGAACGUCAGCGAAAACUCGCUGUCCGCGUCCGGCAUGCAGGAGGGACCGAUCUCGCGCAACGACAGCAAAUUCCGGAACCUCGAAACCAACUACAACAAGGACAUCAUCUUCAAGGACGAGGAGGGUACGGGUGCCGAUCGGGUGAUGACACAGCGCUGCAAGGAGAAGCUCAACAUACUGGCCGUCUCGGUGAUGAACCAGUGGCCCGGGCUGCGGCUUCUCGUGACCGAGGGCUGGGACGAGGAUCAUAUGCAUGCGCCCGAAUCGCUACACUACGAGGGCCGCGCCGUCGACAUCAUGACGUCGGACAAGGACCGCUCGAAGAUCGGUAUGCUGGCCCGGCUCGCCGUUGAAGCCGGCUUCGAUUGGGUGUUUUACGAAAGUCGCAACCACAUCCACUGCUCCGUCAAAUCCGAUUCGUCCCAAUCGAACCAUGCGAGCGGAUGCUUCACCGGCGACAGCACCGUCCUGACGGAAUCGGGCACCCGAAGGCGACUGAGCGAACUGCGGAUCGGUGAGAAGGUGCAGGCCAUCGAUGCAACCGGCAACACGGUCUUCAGUGAGGUGAUGAUGUUCAUGGAUCGGGACACGCACCAGCGGCGCGAGUUCGUCACGAUCGAGGCCGAAGGUGGAGCGAUGCUCAAGGUAACACCGGCCCAUCUCGUGAUGGUCUGGCGGAAGGAACACUCCGAGACGCGCUUCGUCUUCGCUGACCGUGUCCGGGAAGGGGAUCACGUUCUGGUGCACCAAGCCGGUACCGCACGUCACACCGAGGGGCCAGUGCUCGAACCACGGCGCGUACACCGAAUAUCGGCCAUGCUGGCGGAUGGUGUGUAUGCACCGUUGACGCGCGAAGGCACGAUCGUCGUCGAUACGAUCGCUGCAUCCUGUUACGCGCUGAUCGAUAGCCAGACGGUGGCGCAUCUGAGCUUUCUGCCGUACCGGAUGGUCGAGAAGCUGUGGUCACUGUUCGAACGGGCCAGUGCCACCGACAGCCUCAGUUUGCCACGUCACGAGGGCAUCCACUGGUACGCCAAGUCGCUCUACACCAUCAAGGACUACCUGGUGCCACCGAGCUGGCUCUAUCACUAGCACCCCCUCACGCAGCCAACUGUUCAACUGUAAAAAACAAAACAAAACAAAACAACAAAUUGUACAUUCAUUCAUGGGACCCGGGAUCCCAAUCCGAGGAGAAGGAGAAGAAUUAUAUUAAAUUAUUUAUCCGACCACCCCGACCCGAAGGAGCUGCAACAUCUGCGGAGCGCACGUUUCCGCAGCGCAGUAUAUGUGCCUGUACACUAGCAGCGAGUACACUAGCACAAGUAAGUUCCCCCCUCUCCCGCGGUCUGCUUAGCAAUCGUGUUUGGAAUGUUUGUGAAACGCUCCGACAGGAUUUUUAGGGUUUUCAAAACAUCGUUGAUGAGUGUUUGUAUCAAAGAUUGGCCACCACGCCACCUCCUGGACUCGUGGACCUGGAAGACGAUAUAGGAGGUGUCAUAGAAAGUAGUUGUAGACGGAAAACGGGGACAAGAUAACACCCGGGAGCAUCAGAACGGUAGAUAGAACGGUAUGGUGUAUCGGGAGCAUAAUUUAUUAUCUUAUGUUGUACGGAGCUGAGCGCGAAGAUGGGGGGAGGAGGCCAGACUAUGUAACAUAACAGAACGAAGUAGUUAUAGUGACGCAAACGUGUAACGCGUCAGCAAAGCGUUGCACAGUGGAACAGUGGAGUAGGGAUUGCAAGCGAUUGUUAAAUUAUUAAUACUUCAUUUUUUAACUCUCUCUCUCUCUCUCUUUCUCUGUAAGCAGAAUGUUUUCUUUGGCCAGUGAUCAAGCGAGUAGGGAGCGAGCGAACGAGCGUUUCUCGCGCUUAAUGCGUUGAAGCGUGUCUGUAUUCAAAUCUGUAUCUGUCUCUCCAUUUUGUGGAUGCUUUUCUCUGACAAACAGUGGAAACACACGCACGCAGCGAUGCGUCAGUAGUAAUGCGGUUAGUAGAAGUAGUAGUAGAAGAAGUUAGCGUACUUGGAUGAAGGAUGAAGCGUAUUUAUUCACUAAGCGGACAAUUUAUGACGAUAACCGUAAACAAAAUUUGCGUCUAGUGCCGGCAAAUGUCGCUAAGCAAACGAGAACCCGUGAUAUAAUUUUAGACACUGCUGUACCGACAUUGUUCCAGACGGUGUAGUGACCGGUGGUGGUGGUUCACUGCAAUGUGCAGCUUGAUACUCUUCUCGAUUGGCGUGUGCCAAGUAAACGCGUUCGAACGGCAUUCAGUCUAUUUCAUUGACUCGGAGAGGCGCCGACUAGGCGCGCUACGAAGGUGCGAUUGGCUAUCCGUGUGGCCAUAGCUAGGUGACGGAGGGUGGCCCAAAAAUCGAUCAAUUCAUCGUGCUGCUCGGAGGGCAGGGAGCAUGUCGCGCAUUACGGAGACCGUUCCCAAUCUGCCAAAAGAAUCGGACGGAACCAGAUGGUAGGAGCAUCUAUUGCAUAUAGUACAGGAAAUAAGCUAAAUAAAAUAUUAUAAAUCUUCUG